AUGAAGACGACCUACCCGGAGACUGAUGUCGAGGCCGUCGCCUCCCAGCCGGGGGUGCAGGACACCGUCGACAAGUCCGCCUCUACAAUGACCCCAGAGGAGAUUGAGCAGGCCGCAGCGUUGGCCAGCUAUGUUCCCAACACUGCUGCUGAAAAGCGUCUUGUGCGCAAGCUCGACUUUGUGCUGCUGCCUUGCUUGUGGUGGAUGUACAUUCUCGCCUACGUCGAUCGCGGAAACGUCGCCAACGCCAACGCUGCGGGCCUCAGCACCGACCUCAAGCUCAGCGACGACGACUAUUCCUUGAUCGUCUCGAUUUUUUUCAUAGGGUACACCUUGUUAGAAGUGGGGUCUAAUCUAUUGUUGAACAAGUUCCGUCCGUCGCAUUACCUGACCACCAUCAUGGCCAUCUGGGGUGCCUGUGUGGCGGCAAUGUCGACUGCCAACAGCCGUGGGAGUUUUCUGGUCGGACGUUUCUUCCUCGGCUGCAUCGAGGCCGGCUUGUUUCCGGGCGCUCUGUACCUAUUGACCUGCUGGUACAAGAAGGACGAGAUUGGCAAGCGGUUCGCGCUUUUCUAUACUUCGGGCACUGUGUCUCCCGCCCUGGGAGGAAUUAUGGCGGGCUCCGUUAUCUCAGGCCUUGACGGCAAGAUGGGAUGGUCCGGAUGGCGAUGGCUCUUCCUCAUCGAAGGUGUAGCGACCGUCUUCUUCGCCAUUGUCUUCGUCUUCGUGCUCAUCGACUACCCGACCAACACGACCAAGUUCUUCUCCAAGGAAGAGUGCCAGCUGGCCUAUGUCCGCAUCCUGAGCGACCGGCAGACGAGCGUGCAGCAGAACGCGGCCCGCCUGACGGCGUGGCAGUCUGUGUGGGCCGUGCUGGCCGACCCCCGGUCGUACGCGUUCCUGACGCUUUACAUACUCAACUCGACGGCGACGUCCAUCUCGUACUUUGUGCCCGUCACCCUCAAGACCAUGGGUUACACGUCGGUCACGGCCCAGUGGAUGACGGUGCCCAUCUGGAUCUCGGGCGCCGUCAUCAUGGUCAUUCUCUCCACGUCGUCCGACCACUUCCGCGAGCGCCGCUGGCACACGGUCGGGUGCAUGCUGCUCGCCUUUGUGUGCAGCAUCGUGUGCCUGACGACCACGGCCGCGGCGGCCCGCUACGCCAUGCUCUGCUUCUACAUUGGCGCCCUGUACACGGGCAUCGCCCAGAUCCUCAACUGGACCUCCGAGGCCAUGGCCCUGCCCGACCAGAAGCGCUCCGUGGCCCUCGCCUUUGUCAACUCGUGGGGCAACCUGUCCAUCAUCUGGGGCAGCCGCCUGUGGCCCAGCGGCGAGAGCCCCGGCUACAAGACGGGCUUCACGGCCGUGGCCGUCUUUACCGGGUUCGCCGCCGUCCUGGCCUCCGUCAUGCCGUACCUGUUUAGUCUCCUGCCCAAGGAGCCGCGCACCAAGGCGGAGCGGGACCUCAUUGCGAUCCAGGCCGGCCAAGCUGUUGAACGGGAGGAUUAG